AAAUAAAUAUGUCGCUCAUAAAUUAUAUAAAACGUAUAUUUACUUAUUCUAUAAAACAUUCGAAAAAUGAACGGUAUAAAAUGGUGUUAGUUGUAAGAUCAGAUAUAUCCAUGGGAAAAGGAAAGACUGCUGCUCAAUGUGCUCAUGCUGCAGUAGAGUGUUGUCGACAAAUAUUAACUAAUACAGAAUAUGUAUAUAUGUAUGAAUCUUGGUUACUACAAGGACAACCUAAAAUUGUGGUAAGAAUACCUAAUGAAGAACAAUUAAUGUCGUUAGCUUAUCAAGCUCGUAAAGCUGGCUUAAUUAUUAGUAUAAUAAAAGAUGCAGGUAAUACUCAAUUAUUACCUGGUACAACAUCUACACUUGGAAUUGGGCCAGGUCCAAAACAAUUGAUAGAUAAUCUUACUUCGAAGUUGAAUUUGUUGUAA